AUGUAUUUGACGUCAUUGUCAGUGGUGUGUGUCCUGUCACUGGUGUCUGGAAAUGUCCUUUACUUCAAACCACAACAUCAGCAGGAUGAUGUUGUGAUGGAAUUUGAUCAGGUCCCUGAGGACAGCCCAGAUAUUAUUGUGUACGACCCUGUGGAAGGCCACGAGUCCAGAGUUCCCAUGAAAGUGGAGGCUUCAGUAAACGAACGCCCAUUUAGGUCUGUUAUGUGUCCAGACGGGAUGUCGGAGUGUCAAAAUGACAACACCUGCUGCAAGUUAUCCAAUGGUCAUUAUGGCUGCUGUCCAUUUCCUGAUGCUGUGUGUUGUUCUGAUAUGAAGCACUGCUGUCGUCAGGGUUUCACCUGUAACUUGAGCAAAGGUCGUUGUGAACAAGGAAAUUCAUAUAUGCCUCUUAUUUCCAAACUUCCUGCCUCCAAACCUAUAAAUCAACAGAACAAGAAGACAGGCUCUCCGAGAUUGUCUGAGGCACAGAUGAUAGCUGAUCCUUUAGAAAUUUGUCCUGGAGGAGAACAUGCAUGUCAAGGUGGAUACAGUUGCUGUAUUAACACCAAUGGUACCCACAGUUGCUGUGGUUACUCUCCUGCCCUCUGUUGUGAGGACAAGGUACAUUGCUGUCCUGCCAAUUACAAGUGCCUUAGUACUGGACUUUGUGAGGAUAGAAAUGGCUUCCAGUUACCACGAUCACGGAAGGUUGAGGCCACAAACAUAAAAGUUAAGGCAAACAUUGUUUGUCCUGACAAAACUCAGUGCGCUGCUGGUCAAACCUGCUGUAUGAAAGGAGUCAACAUCUAUGGAUGCUGUCCAUUGCAAAAGGCUGUUUGCUGCGCUGACAGGAAACAUUGUUGUCCUUUUGGGUACAAAUGUGGCACUAAAGUUGGAACAUGCAUGCAAGGUUAUCAUAUAAUUGAUCUUUCUGUGGAAAACAACCAUGACAUAUCAAGGGAGAUAACCACUGAUCUCAAAGUUGUUGCUGAAGAGAUAAUGCAGUCCUCUGUUAUAUGUCCAGACAAGAGCCAAUGUAUGACUGGACAGACAUGCUGCCAGGGAAUAUCUGGCUCCUAUGGAUGCUGCCCAGUUCCUAAUGCUGUGUGUUGUACAGAUAAGAAACAUUGUUGUCCAGAGGGUCACAAAUGUGAGACAAGUAUAGGAAAAUGUGUCAAGGGUGACCAUUUAAUGGACUGGUUGGAGAAGGAGUCUAAUAGUAUGUCCAUCACUUACCAGGGUGUCUGCUGUGGAGACAAGGAUGGCCACUGUUGUCCGAUGGGAUAUAUUUGUAAUGUCCAGGAAAGGAAUUGUAGGAAGGAAGGAACAGAUGAGGUUAUUCAAUGGCUGACAAAGAUGAAAAUUAAUUCAUUAUCUGUCCGGAAUGUGGUCUGUCCUGAUGGGAGAUCAGAAUGUCCAACAGGAAACACUUGUUGUCUUGGAGAAGAGGGGAAGUAUGGAUGCUGUCCACAACCGAAUGCUGUUUGCUGUGCAGACAAGAAACACUGCUGUCCCAACGGUUACACAUGUGAGACUGGCUCAGGAAAGUGUACGAGAAAUAACGCCAUAUCCAUUGAAUGGUUAGAGAAAACUGAAAGCCGACCUGUUGGUAGUUCAGCAGUCGAUGUAAUCUGUCCAGAUGGACACUCUGAAUGUAAAUCCGGAUCAACAUGCUGCCUGAUUGAAGGGAACAAAUACGGAUGCUGCCCUGUACCUAACGCUGUUUGCUGUGCAGACAAGAAACACUGCUGUCCCAACGGUUACACAUGUGAGACUGGCUCAGGAAAGUGUACGAGAAAUAACGCCAUAGCCAUUGAAUGGUUAGAGAAAACUGAAAGCCGACCUGUUGGUAGUUCAGCAGUCGAUGUAAUUUGUCCAGAUGGACACUCUGAAUGUAAAUCCGGAUCAACAUGCUGCCUGAUUGAAGGGAACAAAUACGGAUGCUGCCCUGUACCUAACGCUGUUUGCUGUGCAGACAAGAAACACUGCUGUCCCAACGGUUACACAUGUGAGACUGGCUCAGGAAAGUGUACGAGAAAUAACGCCAUAGCCAUUGAAUGGUUAGAGAAAACUGAAAGCCGACCUGUUGGUAGUUCAGCAGUCGAUGUAAUCUGUCCAGAUGGACACUCUGAAUGUAAAUCCGGAUCAACAUGCUGCCUGAUUGAAGGGAACAAAUACGGAUGCUGCCCUGUACCUAACGCUGUUUGCUGUGCAGACAAGAAACACUGCUGUCCCAACGGUUACACAUGUGAGACUGGCUCAGGAAAGUGUACGAGAAAUAACGCCAUAUCCAUUGAAUGGUUAGAGAAAACUGAAAGCCGACCUGUUGGUAGUUCAGCAGUCGAUGUAAUCUGUCCAGAUGGACACUCUGAAUGUAAAUCCGGAUCAACAUGCUGCCUGAUUGAAGGGAACAAAUACGGAUGCUGCCCUGUACCUAACGCUGUUUGCUGUGCAGACAAGAAACACUGCUGUCCCAACGGUUACACAUGUGAGACUGGCUCAGGAAAGUGUACGAGAAAUAACGCCAUAGCCAUUGAAUGGUUAGAGAAAACUGAAAGCCGACCUGUUGGUAGUUCAGCAGUCGAUGUAAUCUGUCCAGAUGGACACUCUGAAUGUAAAUCCGGAUCAACAUGCUGCCUGAUUGAAGGGAACAAAUACGGAUGCUGCCCUGUACCUAACGCUGUUUGCUGUGCAGACAAGAAACACUGCUGUCCCAACGGUUACACAUGUGAGACUGGCUCAGGAAAGUGUACGAGAAAUAACGCCAUAGCCAUUGAAUGGUUAGAGAAAACUGAAAGCCGACCUGUUGGUAGUUCAGCAGUCGAUGUAAUCUGUCCAGAUGGACACUCUGAAUGUAAAUCCGGAUCAACAUGCUGCCUGAUUGAAGGGAACAAAUACGGAUGCUGCCCUGUACCUAACGCUGUUUGCUGUGCAGACAAGAAACACUGCUGUCCCAACGGUUACACAUGUGAGACUGGCUCAGGAAAGUGUACGAGAAAUAACGCCAUAUCCAUUGAAUGGUUAGAGAAAACUGAAAGCCGACCUGUUGGUAGUUCAGCAGUCGAUGUAAUCUGUCCAGAUGGACACUCUGAAUGUAAAUCCGGAUCAACAUGCUGCCUGAUUGAAGGGAACAAAUACGGAUGCUGCCCUGUACCUAACGCUGUUUGCUGUGCAGACAAGAAACACUGCUGUCCCAACGGUUACACAUGUGAGACUGGCUCAGGAAAGUGUACGAGAAAUAACGCCAUAGCCAUUGAAUGGUUAGAGAAAACUGAAAGCCGACCUGUUGGUAGUUCAGCAGUCGAUGUAAUCUGUCCAGAUGGACACUCUGAAUGUAAAUCCGGAUCAACAUGCUGCCUGAUUGAAGGGAACAAAUACGGAUGCUGCCCUGUACCUAACGCUGUUUGCUGUGCAGACAAGAAACACUGCUGUCCCAACGGUUACACAUGUGAGACUGGCUCAGGAAAGUGUACGAGAAAUAACGCCAUAGCCAUUGAAUGGUUAGAGAAAACUGAAAGCCGACCUGUUGGUAGUUCAGCAGUCGAUGUAAUCUGUCCAGAUGGACACUCUGAAUGUAAAUCCGGAUCAACAUGCUGCCUGAUUGAAGGGAACAAAUACGGAUGCUGCCCUGUACCUAACGCUGUUUGCUGUGCAGACAAGAAACACUGCUGUCCCAACGGUUACACAUGUGAGACUGGCUCAGGAAAGUGUACGAGAAAUAACGCCAUAUCCAUUGAAUGGUUAGAGAAAACUGAAAGCCGACCUGUUGGUAGUUCAGCAGUCGAUGUAAUCUGUCCAGAUGGACACUCUGAAUGUAAAUCCGGAUCAACAUGCUGCCUGAUUGAAGGGAACAAAUACGGAUGCUGCCCUGUACCUAACGCUGUUUGCUGUGCAGACAAGAAACACUGCUGUCCCAACGGUUACACAUGUGAGACUGGCUCAGGAAAGUGUACGAGAAAUAACGCCAUAGCCAUUGAAUGGUUAGAGAAAACUGAAAGCCGACCUGUUGGUAGUUCAGCAGUCGAUGUAAUCUGUCCAGAUGGACACUCUGAAUGUAAAUCCGGAUCAACAUGCUGCCUGAUUGAAGGGAACAAAUACGGAUGCUGCCCUGUACCUAACGCUGUUUGCUGUGCAGACAAGAAACACUGCUGUCCCAACGGUUACACAUGUGAGACUGGCUCAGGAAAGUGUACGAGAAAUAACGCCAUAUCCAUUGAAUGGUUAGAGAAAACUGAAAGCCGACCUGUUGGUAGUUCAGCAGUCGAUGUAAUCUGUCCAGAUGGACACUCUGAAUGUAAAUCCGGAUCAACAUGCUGCCUGAUUGAAGGGAACAAAUACGGAUGCUGCCCUGUACCUAACGCUGUUUGCUGUGCAGACAAGAAACACUGCUGUCCCAGCGGUUACACAUGUGAGACUGGCUCAGGAAAGUGUACGAGAAAUAACGCCAUAUCCAUUGAAUGGUUAGAGAAAACUGAAAGCCGACCUGUUGGUAGUUCAGCAGUCGAUGUAAUCUGUCCAGAUGGACACUCUGAAUGUAAAUCCGGAUCAACAUGCUGCCUGAUUGAAGGGAACAAAUACGGAUGCUGCCCUGUACCUAACGCUGUUUGCUGUGCAGACAAGAAACACUGCUGUCCCAGCGGUUACACAUGUGAGACUGGCUCAGGAAAGUGUACGAGAAAUAACGCCAUAUCCAUUGAAUGGUUAGAGAAAACUGAAAGCCGACCUGUUGGUAGUUCAGCAGUCGAUGUAAUCUGUCCAGAUGGACACUCUGAAUGUAAAUCCGGAUCAACAUGCUGCCUGAUUGAAGGGAACAAAUACGGAUGCUGCCCUGUACCUAACGCUGUUUGCUGUGCAGACAAGAAACACUGCUGUCCCAACGGUUACACAUGUGAGACUGGCUCAGGAAAGUGUACGAGAAAUAACGCCAUAUCCAUUGAAUGGUUAGAGAAAACUGAAAGCCGACCUGUUGCUAGUACAUUGAGUAUAAUUUGUCCAGACAUGAAAACUGAGUGUCCCUCCGGUAACACGUGUUGUCUUGAUGAGGAAGGGACAUACGCAUGUUGCCCUCGUCCCAAUGCGGUUUGUUGUUCGGACAAAAAACACUGCUGUCCAGAGAACACAGAAUGUGACACUAGUUCAGGAAAGUGUAUCUCUGAAAAUGAUUUGUCCAUGGACUGGCUGCAAAUGCAUGAAUCAGUAUUGAUUCAGAAUCAUUACCCCAUAUCUGCUAAGAUUGUUCCUGCUAUCAGCGUUGAGCAUGAUUCCUCGUCUAUUGACUGCCCUGGUGGUGGUUCUUGUCCAAGCGAUAACACCUGUUGUAAGAAUUCAUCAGGAAAUUACGGAUGUUGUUCAUAUGCGAAGGCGAUUUGUUGUCCGGAUGGGAAGUACUGUUGUCCCCAUGGUUACAUCUGUGACACCGAACCGAUGAUCUGCCGAAUGCCAGAAGGAUCCAAACGGCAGGAUUUCAACACGAACCUCUUCUUACAACAUGUAGUUAACAAACAUAGGCAACGCGGUGGUAAUAAUUAGUCUCAGCAGUAACCAGACUGUUCAUUUGUAACGUAUACGGUCUUAUAUUAUAAUUUCUAUAAAACGAUUUUGAGAUUGAAAACGACUUUGCAAAGCUCAUUGUUAUAUAAUCUGGUCUGUACACGUUAUUGACACCACCAUGUGAGCACCCUAUUAUCAUUCCUUAUCUAAGCUUUCAGAGGUCAACGAAUUUUAUUUUGAUUUCAUUUUGUGUGGGUUUUUUUUUCAGAAUUGUUUGAUAAUUAUCUAUAAUUCGAUUAAUUAUUUUCCGAAACUUUCUCAAAAACAGAAACGCUUCGUAUUUGAUUUGGUUGUCACGUGAUCACAUUGGUAUACUAUAUACUUGAAAUUUAUUUUAAUUAUUACUUCACUUUGAUAUGGAAAUACACAAAAUGUUGAAGCUCUUAUUUUUGAACAAAUGUUUUGUUUCAGGGGAGAGCUUUUUGCAUUACAUAUUUUUUUUUAGAAAAUUUGCUAACGAUUCACGUCGAAAAUCGGCAGUUCAUCUCCUAAAUCGGGGUAAUUGGCGUUGUUCGGUCAUGGUGAUGUCAAUGCUUUAAACCACUUCUUACCUAAAUUUGUGUUUGACGAGUACAGGUGUUUUGUGUAGAAAUCAUAUUUACUUACUAAUAACUAGUGUUAGGUAUUUGUUAUCAUUUGAAAUAUACCAUCAUCAGAUAAUGUAUAAAUACUAACAUACUUAAAACCUAUAAUUAUAUAUCGCCUUUUCACUAACGAAAUGCCUUUGAGAACAUUAUCAUCUCUCCGUAAAUUAGGGUACCAUUUGACUUUCUAUUUUUUUGUCGCCAGUGUCUUAAUUUCGGCAUAUCAUUAAUUGUCAAGUAUUGCAUGGGUACUUUUAUAGCGGACGAGUAGAAUUAGAUAUUCUUGAUCACUGUUCUUCGACGAACGUCAACAAUAAUAUAAGGUAAAAUAUGAUGUACUCUGUUUUGAUUGCAAAACGUUGAAUUGCGCAUGACAAAUAAAACCUCUUUAUACGAUGUAUGCAACAGAUGAACGUUUUGUAUACAAUUCAUAUUCAUUGUAUACACUAACAAGAAUUUUGUUUUUGUUUGAAAACCUAUAACAUUAUAUAUAUAUAAGACACUUUAUGCAUUAAUAUUUACUCCGCUGACUUUACAAUUAUUGUUUUUAUGUAAAUAAUGAUUAAUUACUAAAAGCAGGAACAGAUAAUUUCCAAAGAACCAUGAGGGCAAUCUCUUAAAGAGACAUUUAUGUGGAAUAGUGAGCUGAUCCUGAGUUUGUGAUAUAAGUUACUUAAAUGAUGUGCUAUAUAUAUUUUGUGUGACUUAAAGUCAUCUUAAUAACACUUUAAUCGGAUGCUUUGCAAAAGCGUAGUUGUGACGCACGGUAAUUUAUAUCAUUAUGAAUGGUAUAAAUGUGUCUUUAGUUCCAUAAACAUAUAUUUACGUUGAAAACAAAGACUAUAGAGAAUAUUUCUGCUUUCCAGUGGGUUUAAAAGAGUGCAUUUAACACAUUUUUUAGGAAACGUUUGGACACCCUUUGUCAUUACUAUGGAAACGAAUUUAUUCAGACGUUUGUACAGUAAAUAUUCGAAAAUUUCCAUUAUAAUCUGAUAUGGAAAUUACGAUGUAAUAACUCUCGUAUUAUUCUCCAAAUCGAACAAAAAAAAAAAGAAAACUGGAUUAGUUCGUCAGAGAGGUUAAAAGUUUAUACCAGAAUAAAAAUAUUAUACGUAUUAAGGACUAAACUGUAUGUAGUAUUUGGUUUCAAACUAUUUUAUUGAAGCUUAAACCUUGUAGAAUUAAAAUCGUUACUGUAAUACUGUUUCUGUUCUAUUUUGUACGAAUAAUAAAAUCAUUCCCGUCGCUUUGACUUUUAGUAUUGGCGAAUUUUACAGAAGAAAACACUUCAACCGAAGUAGCACUGUAUACAUUAAUCCGUCAUAAUGUUGUGUUUAAACAUUCCAUUUUAAUGCCCUUUUUUCAGUAGAUUUAUUAAGUUUGAUUGUGUAAACCCGGGCAUUGAUUCUCUGCCAUAUCUGUGAGAUGUUUUGAAUAGAUAAAAAAAUUCAAUGUCAAAGUAUAAGCAUAUAAAAUUGAUUUUUUGUAAUGUUUAGUGAUUAUUUGUAUUACAAACAAAUAAUCAUCUGCCGGUGUUUACAGCAUAUCGCCGCCAGAUUUUGAAAGUCUUUGGAUUAUAUGUAAAUAAUGUUUGCGAACUGUUCUAGCGUUUCAAAUACAAAAUGUUCCGACAUAUCAAAUUAGAUAUCCAAACUCAUUAAGUAAUUAGUAAUUAAACACAUUGUUGCGAUGCAAAUAAUUUUUGUUCUAAAAUAUAAAAAGAAUUCGAAAUUUGGUUAUAAACGUCAUCUAAAGGUCGACGCUUUGUCAUACAGGGUGUUAUUUUAAGUUUUGGUCUAACACAGAACUUCUGUUUAAACAAAGAAUGCGCGUGGACUAACUAUGGUUUCUGGCGUAAAUUGUGGUUAUUUUCAUUAUUGCUUCAUUUUAUUGCUUACACCGAAUAUUUGAGAUUCUUAAAUUGCUGUUUGUUCAUGUUUUGCAUUUCAUAUUUACACAUGGUUGCAAUGUUGUGCAUAUAUCUAACCAAUUAACAAUGUCGAGUGUGACGUGAAAGAUAACGAUAUCAUCUGUAACGUUUCAUUGUUGUGUAAAUGCUGGAAUGAGUGCGAAUGACUAGAUGAACAUCUAACUGGAAUUUUACAAAAGUCUUUACUCUAAUAAAAUAGAUAUAUAUCUUAA